AUGGUCAGGGUUCGGGGAAUAGACGUUCACCCUCCGUUGCUGAACACAUCCUGCGCCUGGGCGUCUGACCUGCAGCAACUCACAGCACUCUAUGAUUGCCUGCAUACGGGCGCCGUGAGCACACGGACAGCAACGUUAUCUGGAUUCAAGGAAGACUCUUCGCAUACUGUAGCAUUUCUAGCUGGCUCGUUGUCGUCGAUCAACUCGUACGGGUACUCACCGCACCCUCUGUCUUCCUAUAUAACAUGGGUGCGAAUGCUCCUCGAACGGGACUCCCUAUCUUCGAAACCCUUCAUUAUCAGCAUCACGGAGUCUGAUCCAGAGUCUCUCCGCAAGAUGAUGACGGCCAUUCAAGAUCUGCGCGCUGCACACCCCUCCUGGCACGCCCGGAUAGCCAUCGAAUUCAACGCGAGCUGUCCAAACAUCAAGGGACACCCGCCUCCUUCCUAUAACUUCUCCAGCCUCUCUCCCUUUCUGGAUAUCUUCGCGGAACACUUCUGGGCUGACCCCACCUUGACAAUUGGUCUCAAGCUACCGCCUUACACCAUAGCCACUCAAUUCGACGACGCCAUCAGUGGUAUUACGACGUACACUCGCCAGCGCGGACCUUCGGGACAAUAUGUGAAUCCACUCGCGUUCCUCACCUGUACAAACACCCUGGGGAAUAGUUUGGUAUUCUCCGAUCAGACUGUCGAUAGUGGGGCGGAUGCAUCAUCCUUUGCACUCCCUCCUGGCAUUGGCGGUCUUGCGGGAGAAGCAAUACACUCGUUAUCUCUUGGGAAUGUGUAUUCCUUCUCACGGUUGCUCACAGAGUCGGCUGAUCCGGCACUGCGGGAGAUCGCCAUCAUCGGCGCUGGCGGUGUUACUUCACCAGAGGCUGUGGCACGCAUGCAUCGCGCUGGGGCAAAGCUUGUCGGAUGUGCAACGCUCCUUGGGGCACUCGGUAUCGCGGCGUUUGCGCACCUCAACAGAGAACAGCUGAAUGCAGCAGUCGAUGGAUCCAGCGACUCCAGCAGGGACAAAGCGACAGGAUCAUGCAUUCGAAGGAGUUGA